GUCGGUUCAUAGUAACAGGUUAAAUGGUUCAUUGUGGUGCGAAGUGAGGAUCGUUUGUGUAUUUGUCAAUAAUAUAUUAUUUUGUGAAACUACAAUAUGGAACAUAUUAAAACAUCGCAGAUACUUAUUCAGAUUGGACUGCUGCUGUGCAGUAUAUCGGAUGGCUUUAUAUUUGGCCAGAUGUCUGGUAUGGUCGAUGCACUGCUGGGAGAUGAUCACAGCAUUGACAUGACUCCAGAUGAAGUGUCGUUAAUGGCGGCCCUAAUUAAUCUCACAUGUUUAGGUGGCCUAUUCAUUGUGGGAAUCAUCACCGAAAAAUUUGGAAGACGUCGAACUAUCACAUUUCUUUCUAUGCCGCUUGUUAUAUGUUGGAUUGUAGUUUACUACGCAAGGAGCAAACUAGUUAUUAUAGCAACAAGAGUUAUAGUUGGUAUAUCUUUUGGUGGCAUAUUAAGUUUAUGCUUUAUAUGUGUAGGGGAGUAUGCACCAUCAAACAUUAGGCCACUAGCCUUAAAUUUAUCUCUUGGAGUGGGAGGUCAAAUUGGAUCUACUCUUGGGCAUGUAUUGAGUAUAUUUCUGAAUUGGAGGACAGUGGCCUUAAUCGGGUUAGUUCCAACAAUACUGUCCUGCAUAGUGACAGCGUUUUGGGUUGAAAGUCCAUCGUGGCUUGCAUCAAAAGGACGUUAUAAGGAAUGCCAAGAAGCGUAUAGAUCACUGCAUGUGAUGAAUCAAGAGGAUGAAACAGAAUUAGAGAAUCUAAUUGCUCUUGAAAAGUUAAAAAGUGCUGCGGUAAAGGAAAACAAUAGCCCUAAGCCAAUGAAGAGACUCAUAUGGGCUUGUAAGCAACUGUAUUUGUGGAAGAUAAUAUUUAUGACCAUUGUCACUCAUGUGUAUAGGGUUGCAGCUGGUCGCAUGCUAUUUUGCACAAUGGCGUUAACAAUAUUUAAAGACUUGACGGGCUACGCCAAUUUAUGGAUGGUGACUUCGCUUAUCGACGGAUUUGGGAUUAUCGGCGCCGCCAUGUCUUGUGUUUUUAUAAGACUGUUCAAAUUAAAGAGUUUGUUAUUUAUAAUGGGGUCGCUCGCUAAUGUUGUCCUUAUAACUUUAAGUAUUAUAUUGUAUUUUUAUCCAAAUGUCGACAGCAAUAUCACUUGGGUUAAGGCGAUUUUGUUAGCAAUAUAUCUCAUUGUUAUCAAUGCAGGGUCUUAUCCGGCCAUAGAUACGUUGUAUGCAGAAAUAUUUCCCUUGGAAGCCAAAGCAUUUUGCUUAUUUGUAGUGGGUUUAGUAAGUUGCGUACUUCAAUUUCUGGCAAUUCAGUUUGCGCAGAAUAUGAUUCACAGUAUCGGGUAUUCUGCAGUAUUUUUAAUCAAAGCUCUUGUCAGUUUUAUAGCUUUGGUAUAUUUAUACAAAUUUCUGCCGGAAACAAAAGGCAAAACAUUGCAAGAAAUUGAACUGAUUCUUAAAAACGGUUCUAAAAUUGAUGGUAAUGAUCUACGUAACGAUGUUCAAGUAUCGGAUUGUAUGUUACAAAAAGAGGAAACCUUCAACACAAAAGUUGCCUGAUGAAUUACAAUAAGUGAAAUACCUAGGAGAAGUGAAGAAAGGGAGUAUACCUACCUAUGUACCAAAUUAUUAUCACAGUACAAAUGGAAACAAAAUUAUAAUUAUUUGUUUUAUGAUGAACAAGAGAUAAGGCGCUGUUUUUCAAUUAGUUUUGUGUUCUGUCUACAUCGGAAUGUGAUUCAAGUUUCAGUAAAAAAGUAUAAUUUGUAUCAACUAGAUACCUAUUGUAAUACUUAUGUUUAAUAAAUUUAUGAGAUCAUUUUUUUUAAAUUCAA